AGGCUUUGAAAUGCAUGCUAAAUUUCAAUACUGCAGAAACCAAAGGUGAUGAACCUCAGUGGAAGCUUUUGAUAUAUGAUCGAAUCGGACAGGAUAUAAUUGCGCCUUUAUUUUCCGUAAAAGAUCUUCGUUCCCUCGGCGUAACGCUUCAUUUACUUCUUGACGUUAAACGAGAACCUAUACCAGAUGUCCCGGCAGUUUAUUUUGUUUAUCCAUCGAAAGAAAACGUCAGGCGUAUUUGUCAGGACAUCGAAGCAGAUCUCUACUCGUUUUACUACCUCAAUUUUAUCUGUCCUAUCUCACGGGAGAAUCUCGAGAUUCUCGCAGAAACCGCGGUGGCGGAGGAUUGCAUACAACGCAUAAAGAAGGUUUAUGAUCAGUACACAAAAUUUGUUUGCUUGGAGGAUGAUUUGUUCGUCCUUAACGAGCUUCCAUGCAAUCAAGAGGGGACUUUCUUUGUUCCUAAUUUUCCCCUCCCAGCCCUCAAUAAGACGUCAUGCACAGAAGAGGAUAUCGUAAAGACAACUAGUUUCAUUGUGGACGGCCUCUACUCGGUUUUUGCAACGCUUGGUUCAAUUCCAAUAAUCCGAUGCUCUCGGUUUAACGCGGCAGAAGCGGUGGCAAAAGAUUUGGACGCCAGGUUCCGUGACAGUCUUCGGGACGCCAGAAACACCCUCUUUUCGGGGAGGGAUCAUCGCAGUUUCGGAGAACAAAAUGGAAAGAGUGCCACCUUAGUUCCAUUCUCGUUCCAACGUCCAUUGCUAAUUAUACUGGACAGAGGCAUAGAUAUGGCUACUCCCUUGCAUCAUCCUUGGACUUACCAAAGUCUACUUCACGAUCUUGUGGGUAUACAUUUGAACCACGUGGAAAUGCCCGCCCAGCCCUCGGGCGAUGUACCUGAUCCUCGUCAGUCGAAGAUGAAGCGCUACGACCUGUCUGCGGCUUCUGACCGCCUCUGGCGAGCCCACCGCCACUCCCCGUUCGCAGAGGUCGCUGGCGCGCUCCAGGAGGAACUCAGUGUCCUGCAGGACCGUGAAAAGAAUAUUGGCGCGCUGAAGGCCUCAGUAACUGACGGGCAGUCUUUUGGCAAUGGACUCGCAGCUUCCGGCACUGAUGCCACAUCUGCUCUGACAAGCACCAUCAACACUCUACCCCAGUUGAUGGAACAGAAACGACGUUUGGACAUGCACAUGCACAUCGCGACGUCACUGGCUAAGGAGAUCAAAAACCGCCAAUUGGACUUGUUGAAUGACGUUGAAGAAAAGCUGAUUACUCUGCAGUCACUCCAGGAGCAUUCGUUACCAGAGUUGAUGAAGAUGAGCUGUUUCUCGGGGGAGGACAAACUGCGCCUUCUGUUGAUUGCUGCGCUCUCCUGCGGUGCGGCGUCCGCUGCGGCCUCUGGCGGAGGUGUAGGCGGCGGUAGCAGCGGAGUCGGCGGUGGUGGUGGGGCCAGCAGCAGCAGCAGUUUGGUUACCUUCAGUCUCUCCAACACUGACCUUGACCGAUUCGAAGAACAACUUAAAAGUGCUCACCCCGACUUGGACACCUCCGCGAUACGCUAUGUACACCAACUCAGACGAAUUUCGAGGUUGUCUCAGGCGGGUUCUUCGAGUUCUGUGGACGCGAGUAAAAGCAGCACCGGUCGGGCCAUGCUAAACAAACUCGUCUCGCAUGGCUCGGCCAUGUUUAUGGAGGGUAUGCGUGUGCUUUCCGGUCGGAAGUCGUACCUUCCUUUUACCCAAAUCGUCUCACAGUUGGUUGAAAACAAGACCGAUGCGGAUGACUACAGCUACUUUGAUCCUAAGCUUCAGAAGAGGGGAGUGUCAAACGUGCCACGCGCAAAGCAGCCCUUCUACGAUGUUUAUGUAUUCGUAGUAGGAGGAGGCACCUACACUGAAUACCACAACUUGAUGCAGUGGUGCCGUUCGGGCACGACGACGCCUGGCGGCGGCGGCGGCGUCGGCUCGGGCGGAGCUGGAGGCGGCCACGGCAGCUCCAGCUCCCUCAACGCACUCGGCCUCUCGCUCUCGGGGUCUGGCAACUCCUUGAUGGACUUGGCUUCGGCUGGAGGAGCAUCCGGCAGACGAAUCACUUACGGUGGAACAGAAAUCCUCACGCCAAAGAUGUUCCUUGAUCAAGUAGGUAGCAAUGCUCCCAACAAACUGCGUUGGGUUACCUGUCGUAGACAAAAAUUCUUGGCAAAAUGCUAUAACGUAAACCAGAUGCUUCGCUGGGAUUCAGAGACCAAAUCUCCGUUUUAUUUAACCUCACAAACUUGA